UGAAUAGUCGGCCGCAGAGGCAGUUAAGGGCUUCCCCUUACGGGUAGAGUAGGCAGGGCUCGGUGGCGGCUUCGCCGGGAAGUCCAAUCAGAACUUGGACCAGAGCUCCUCCUGAGGAUGCUGAAGCAACACUUUCUUUGGACUGUGAAUUUCUUCUAAAGUGGAACUAAGAAGACAACUAAUAAAUACAUUGAAUUCUAAAAAAAAAGCCAUGGCCCAUGGGUUGGUGAUGUUCAAAGAUGUGGCUAUAGAUGUCUCUCAGGAGGAAUGGGAAUGCCUGAACCCUGCACAGAGGAAUUUGUACAAAGAUGUGAUGUUGGAGAACUAUAGCAACUUGGUUUCACUGGGACUUUCUAUUUCUAAGCCAGCUGUGAUCUCCUCAUUGGAGCAAGGGAAGGAGCCCUGGAUGGUUAUGAGGGAAGUGGUAGGAGAACAGUUCCCAGACUUGGUGUCCAAGUGUGAGUCCAAGAAGUUAUCUCCAAAAAGAAACAUUUAUGAGACAGAAUCAUCCCAAUGGGCUAUCAUGGAACCAUUUAAAAGCCAUAGUCCUGAGAAAUCCAUUUUCAGAGAUAUUUGGGCAUGCAAAAGUCAGUUUGAGAGACAACAGGGAAAACAGAAGGGCUAUUUCAGGCAGUUUAUUAUCAACCAUGAACACAUGCCCAUUUUUAGCCAACAUAUUUUCUUCACUCAGGAAUUUUAUAAUAGACAGAAUAUCUUUGAAUGUAAAGAAUGUAGAAAAAACUUCAGUUACCAUUUAUUCUUUAGUCAUCACAAAACUCAUUCUAAAGAAAAACUUUCUGAAUGUAAGGUAUGUGCAGAAAUUGUUGAUACAUCAUACCUUACUAAACAACAGAGAAUUCAAAAUAGUAACAAGUGCAGUGAAUGUAAGGAAUGUUGGAAGGCCUUUAUUCAUUGCUCACAACUUAAACAACAUUCGAGAAUUCAUAAAGGUGAAAAACACUAUGAAUGUAAAGAAUGUGGCAAGGCCUUUUAUUAUGGCUCAGAACUUAUUCUACAUCAGAGAAUUCACACUGGUGAGAAACCCAAUGAAUGUAAGGAAUGUGGGAAGGCCUUUAUGCAGCUAUCACAAUUUACUCAACAUCAGAGACUUCAUACUGGUAAAAAACCCUAUGAAUGUAAGCAAUGUGGGAAGGCUUUUAUUUGUGGCUUUCAACUUACUGAACAUCUGCACUUCCAUACUCGUGAGAAACCCUUUGAAUAUAAAGAAUGUGGAAAGACUUUCAGGCAUCAAUCAUCCCCUACCAUACAUCAGAGACUUCAUACUCAUGAGAAAACCUAUGAAUGUAAAGAAUGUGGAAAGGCCUUUAAUUAUGGCUCAGAACUUAUUCUACAUCAGAGAAUUCACACUGGUGAGAAACCUUAUGAAUGUGAGGAAUGUGGGAGGGCAUUUAGGCAGCGAUCACAGCUUACUCAACAUCAGAGACUUCAUACUGGUGAAAAACCCUAUGAAUGUAAGCAAUGUGGGAAGGCUUUUAUUCGUGGCUUUCAACUUACUGAACAUCUGCGACUCCAUACUGGUGAGAAACCCUAUGAAUGUAAAGAAUGUGGAAAGACUUUCAGACAUAGAUCACACCUUACAAUACACCAGAGAAUUCACACUGGUGAGAAACCCUAUGAAUGUAGAGAAUGUGGAAAGGCCUUUAGCUACCACUCAAGCUUCUCUCACCAUCAGAAAAUUCAUUCUGGCACAAAACCUUAUGAAUGUAGUGAAUGUGGGAAGGCCUUUUGUGAUGGUUUACAACUUACUCUACAUCGGAGGAUUCAUACUGGUGAGAAACCCUAUGAGUGUAAGGAAUGUGGGAAGACUUUUAGGCAGUGCUCACACCUCAAAAGACAUCAGAGAAUUCACACUGGUGAGAAACCUUAUGAAUGUAUGAUAUGUGGUAAGGCCUUUAGACUUCAUUCACACCUUAUUCAACAUCAGAGAAUUCAUACUGGUGAGAAACCCUUUGAAUGUAAGGAAUGUGGAAAGACCUUUAGCUAUCAUUCAAGCUUCUCACACCAUCAGAGAAUUCAUUCUGGGAAGAAACCAUAUGAAUGUGGGAAGACCAUUAAUCAUGGCUUACAAUUUAAUGUACAUCAGACACUUCAUACUGUUGAGACUUGAAUAAAUUUUCCUCUCUCCCCAUCCUAGUCUAGCAUCAUGAAAUUAUUUUUGGAGAUACACUUUUUUUUUUCUUUAAGGAAAAUGUUGGUAAAAUACUGGGUUUCAUUAGUAUUAAUUUAGUUUAGUAAUCUUUGAACUCUUUUUUUUCAAGUGGGAAAAUGGAAAAGUUAUUAAAAGGAAAAAAAUUGCUCUGUUAUCAGUGCUAUUUCUGAAUUAUUGUAAUGAUCAGUACUGGAAAUAAAUUUUAUAAAACUAUUUGUUUUCACUGAAACCAGUGAAGUGGGGCAGAAAUAAAAUGAAAACAAUUUCUUCCCCUCCCACAAAUCCCU